AUGAAAUCGAUUGCUUUAGGUCUCUCUUUCGUCAGCGCUGCUGCUGCUCAAAUUGCCAACGGUGUGUCGAUGGUGAUGGCAAUGGAUUCCAGCAGCAACCUGCCAGCAACCGCGGCAAGCGGAGGCUAUGGAUAUGGUGCUCCUUCGAUACAAACUGCAGCCCCCUCUUCCCCUUCAAAUUUCUACGAUUAUAUGCCCUACUCAUCCUACCAGAGUGGAGGGUAUAAAACUUUGGAAUGCGGUUAUGGUUACUCAAAACAAUCAGACGGUUCAUGUCGUCCGGAAUCUUGGUACAAUUGGCAAAAUGAAGGUUGUUACGCAACAACAAUCAUCAACCACAUUAUCAACUGCAAUAACGACGGCUACGGUGCCAGUACAGUCACCGUUACGGCAACAGCGACGGCGACGAUGACGGUAACAAUGACCGAUACCAUGACCCAGGUGGUCCCAACUACGGUGACGAUGCACGAGACAGAAACCCGCACGGACACAAGAUCUGUAACUCAAACAAAUGUUGUCACUUCGGUGAUGGUCGUGCCCACAACUCGGGUCUGGGUGUCCACGGAAAUUGUAGAUAAAACAAAGACCGUGGAGCAUACUCUUACCGCCACUGAGACAAUGACGAAGACUAAUAUCUACACGAAGACUGAUACGAGGACAGAUACUGCCACUCAGACUGUUCAGCAAACGCUGACUGACUUCGUCACAAAAACGCAAUUGAUGACUGUUGUUCAGCCCACUACUUUUACAAGUGUUUGGGUUUCAACCAAAGUUCUUGAUAAUACAAAGACUAUUGAGAUGACACAAACGGCCACUGUCACAGACCACAUCACUUCAAUCCAGACUGCCACUAUGACGGAGACCAUGACAGAUCGCACGACUGUCACUCAAAAUCAAACCAUGGUUGAACCGACUACGAUCACGAGUGUUUGGGUGGAGACCCAGACGGUGGAUAAUACAAAAACCGUCCUUAAUACAGUAACAUCCACACAAGUCAAAGACAUGACUCGUUUCCAAACCGUCACCUAUCUUGCCACAGCGACCGCAACAACCACUGAAGUUCAACGAGUGAAGGGAACAGGCUUGUCAGAAUGCUUCGGCAGAUGUAAAUCGCAGUGGUGGAUGAUACCUGAAAAUAGCGGCUCUGUGUCAUCAUCGCGUUCGAGUGCCUCUGAAGCCACAGCUACUGCUUACGCGCCAUCAAGUGGCUCGUACGGAUCAUCAAGCGGGUCGGGGUAUGACACAGGCGAUUCCUCUGGGUAUGGUUACUAG